AUGGUUGUGUUGGCUGCUUCUAUUACUACUCGUCAGGGAAAACCCCUUCUAUCGAGACAAUUUAAAGAUCUGUCCAAAGAUCGGGUCCUAGAGUUGUUGUCCAACUUCCAGAACCUCGUUACCGAGAUCUCGUCAGAUCACACGUUUGUUGAGGAUAAGCACGUGCGCUACGUGUAUAGACCCUUCGACAACUAUUACAUUAUCCUUAUCACAAACCGCCAAUCUAACAUCAUCAAGGAUUUGUCCACGUUGAAUCUGUUUUCGCAGACAAUCAACUCCUAUUUGUCUAGUUUCCAAGAUCAGGAGAUUUUUCACAAUGCCUUUGAGAUUUUGUCUUCAUUCGAUGAAAUUGUGUCGAUGGGUGGGUACAAAGAAAACUUGUCUUUUACCCAGGUGCAAACAUACUUAUCUAUGGAAUCGCACGAAGAAAGGAUCCAAGAAAUUAUUGAGCGUAACAAAGAAAUUGAAGCUACUGAGGAAAGGAAGCGUCGUGCCAAGGAAAUCGCCAGGAAGGAGCACGAAAGAAAACACGGGUUUGCGUCUCCAAACGGCGAUUACGAUGGUGCGAACAGGUUUAUGGCCAGCAAAGAUCCAAACGUCACGAACGCCAUCAACAGUUACUACUCCCAUGCUUCUCCUGCUGCGCAACAAUCUUAUCUACAAAGUUCCCACGCCGCUGUUGCUGAGGUGGCGCCGAUAGUCUCUCCAAUGGCUACAUCUCAUCGUACAGGACCUUCCUCCACUGGCGGUAUGAAGUUGGGUGGUAGCGCCGGAAGAAGAUCGGGUGCCGUACCACGUCCAAGCGCAAUAUCUUCUACCACCUCUGGCACACCUCCUCCGGAGGAGGAUGUUCCGGAGAACAAUGGUAUCUUGAUAUCCAUUAAGGAAGUAAUAAAUGCGGAGUUUUCCAGAGACGGUACCAUCCAUUCUUCGGAAUUGAAAGGUGUCUUGGAACUAAGAAUUAAUGACCAUGACUUGUCCCACUCAAACCUAAAGCUAGCAGACUCUAUUGAUGUUCGCGACAAAUCCUUUCAAUUUAAGACCCAUCCAAAUAUAGAUAAACAGGCGUUCCUAUCCAGUAAAUUGAUUUCCCUACGUGAUAAGUCCAAGGCUUUCCCAGCCAACGACCAAAGUCUGGGUGUUCUAAGAUGGCGUAAAAUUGCUCCCGCAGAGGAUGACUCAUUGGUUCCAUUAACUCUAACUACUUGGGUCUCCCCCUCCGAAUCACAACAAGGCUUCGAUGUCAUCAUCGAAUACGAGAGCGUCUUGGAAUCAGAACUUGCUGAUGUGGUCUUUACCAUUCCAGUGUUCCCUCAGGAACCAGUUGACAUAAAUACGGAUUCUUCCACGUGCCCCGAUGCUGAAGUUGUCAACAUGGACCAAGAAACGGGAACUUCCAUUAAGAUUAGUAAAAUCGGUGCCAACGAAGCAGGUGCACUAGCAUUCACUAUAGAAGCUCCAUACGAAGACGCUCUGUACCCAAUGACUGUUUCCUUUCAAGAAUCCACCAGAGACAAAUCUGCCAAGAGCUUCACCGGUAUGGCCAUCCAUUCUGUUGUAAUGGCCAACGAUCAUGAUCAAGAGUUCCCUUACGACGUCAUUGCCUCCUUGAAGUCUGACGAAUACCUUGUCCAAUAG